AUGAAUCGGUCAGGGUACAAUAAUAAAAAGGCACAACUAGCCCAAGCUUACCAGAGCUUGACCACUGAUCUAACCUCACCCGUACUGCGCACAAUAGGAAACUACACUUUAGGACGUACAUUAGGAAGCGGAAGCUAUGGAAUUGUUAGACUAUCUACUCAUCGGUUAGUCAAGGGUGCUAGAGUCGCUGUCAAAAGCGUUUCUAAAACGCAUAACCAAUUAUCGGCAUUGGUUCGGGAACUACAUCAUUAUAGACGACUCUCACACCCACAUAUCGCUCAAUUACUCGAAAUAGUAGCAACCGAAAAGGACAUACAUCUCGUCACUGAACUCUGCGAUGGUGGUGAACUCUUCGACUAUCUUGUCGACAAGGGUAGACUAUCGGACACGGAGACGCGAAGGGUUUUUGGUCAGCUUAUGCUCGCUUUACAUUAUCUCCACAGUAAUGGCGUAGUUCACCGUGAUCUGAAACUGGAGAAUAUACUCUUAGAUAAGGAUGGUAACGUCAAAUUAGGCGAUUUCGGCUUUGCCAGGGAGUUUGAUGAUGGUCCUGGUAACUUAAUGAGUACAUGGUGUGGUACUACUGCUUAUGCUUCUCCUGAAAUGCUUCGUGGUGAAAAGUACUCCGGUAAAGAAACGGAUAUAUGGAGUGCAGGUAUUAUCCUAUAUGCUUUGCUCACGGGGGGCUUGCCAUUUGAUGACGAUGAUGAGGAUGUUAUGAAAGAGUUGGUAUUAAAAGGCGAAUACUACAACCCUUCAGAUUUCCUUUCCCCCGAUGCGUGUGACCUGAUAUCGUCGAUACUACAACAAAAACCCUCAGAUAGACUUACAAUAGAACAAAUUCUCGCGCACCCAUUUUUCACACGUUUCCCUUCUCAACAAUUUCCUUUAACAACGCUCCAUGAGAAGCUUGAGGAACACAAUAACAGCUACGAUGAAAAGCAAGUCGCUGAUGCACUCGAGGAAGAAGAAUUUGAACUAGACUUGGAUCCAAAUGACGAACCACCUCGGCGACUUGUUCCAGCAUCUAAGAGCGUCGAAUCGCUAUUAUCUAUUAAACGGAGGUCCAACGGCUCAUUUAAACAGCGAUCAAGUAUGAAUAGAACAUUCUCAAAUGAAAAAGAAAGUGGUGCAUCGACUCCACCAAUACAGAGAACACCUUCGCGCACAAAAAGACGCAGUGUUAGUUCGACAAUGACAGAACUACCAAAUUUAACCCCAGUCGCAUCACGUAUACCAUCAACAACAUCUCUUAGGGACCAUUUCAAAGCUGGUUUAGCAUCAGCAUCCACUGAGGAGUUAGAUAUGUAUCCGCAAGAACCAAAUUAUCUGGAAUUAUGUAAAGCAGUACUUGCGCAGCCAUUUGAAGAAGAAUGGGAGAGAGUGUUAUUACAAUCUUUAUCAGAAAUUGGUUUCGAUACCGGUCAAAUUAAACACUCUGUAAUUAAUCACGCAUGUGACGCUGCAGGUGGUCUCUGGUGGUUGAUUAGAAAACAAAACAUUGAAAGGCGUGAGCAACUCAGCCGUAUUGAAGAAGAAGGAGCGUUAGAAAGGAGAGAUUCAGAAGCUGAAUACCUAAUGAUGAAGGAUACGCGCAAACAGAAGGAGAAUGUGAGAAUGAAUGAACAGCGGGCAGAUUUCUCGAAGAAGAGUCUGCUUGAUUUGAGUGAAUCUUCGCAUACGGGACAGUCAUCUAGUAAUACGGCACCAACUGUACAAGUAGAAGCCUCCACUUCUAGCCUGCAACUUCCAAAUACUUCAGCACCUAGUUCACCGUCAAAAACCAAAAGUAGAAGUAGUUCGAUUAGCAUGUUACAACGAGCUACAACUGCACUCAGUGGUGGUGUGCUGCCAAGGAAAAAGAGCGAGGAUCACAGUCUAAAUGACGAAACUGUCACUCCUCCGCCAAAUCAUCAGAGCCUUACUGCUGAUCCUAGAACAUCAUCCUCAUCUUUGAAUCAAUCGUCACCGGUCAAAACCCUCAAUGAAAGCAAAAAUGAGAGUAAGGAUUCAUUCGUUUCAUCGCCAAACAAAAGUGCCAGUAAAGAUAAUAAUAAGAAGAAUCUAUUCAAUACAUUUAGAACAUGGUUUACGGAUGAUAAACGUGAAAAACGUAAAAGUAAGACAACUAAGCAGCAUCCAAAGGGAGCAAGUAGCCUAUCAGAUGCUAGCUAUGUACAAGUCAGGAGGUCAGCGUCUCAUAAGAGCAAUACAAAGAAUAGAAAACCUCGCCCUCAAAGUUACAGGAGAAGGGAGUCAACCUCUAGUACACAUAGCUUAAAAUCACCACAAAUUACAGCCAUGACAUCGGCAUCGAAAUCCCGUCGAUCGUCGUCAAUUCAUUCAAGAAGAUCAUCAGUUUCUGUACAAAUUGACUUGAGUAGCUCACCAUCCGCGACGCCAAUGAAUAGAAGAAGUAGCGGUAAUAAUAUUAGUAGCGGUGUAAGAGGAAAAGCCAACCACAGCAAGUCACCAUCAAUGAGUUCUGUGGGAAGCAAUAGAAGCACUGGUGGUAGACCCAACCCAGCUUAUGGCAGAAGACAUAGAAGGGGUUCCUCAAGCUCUUUACCUCGCGUUAGACACAUUAGAGCGCCUUCUUCACCCCUUCCCCUCACCUCAAAGAAACAUUCACGAUCAAUAUCUGCAACUUCAAGUAUGGAAGAAGAUAAGCAAGUGCUCGGAUUAGGAUUAAAGGAUAGUGAUACUAUUGUUUCUCAAAAGACAUACUUUUUAGCAUCAAAGCGUACUGCGGCUUUCGCUCCACCUCCACCUAUUAAUGUCAAAUCACCAGUGAUGAAAUCAUUCGGAAAUCUCAAAGCAAGCAAAUUUGACUACUCAAAAGCUUCUCCAACGAAAAUAUCAACAAAUUUCAACCCCACUGAAUCAACUCUUGAGGACGCACUUGAGUGGGUUGAUGAAGAUGAUUUCGCAGGUGGGAUAGGCCAAGGUGAAGCCAGCGCCUUUAUUGGAGAAUUUGAAGCUGGUAUACAAGAGGAUGAUGACUUCCUCACAGAGCACUCCGAUAAUGAUAAUGAGAUCGAGGGCGUCAAGAAACUUCGUAAGAAGAGUAAAGGGAAGAGAAAGAAUGAUGAUAAGAGUGAUAAUAAUACGGAGACAUUGAGUGAAUUUAAAUUUCCAUCUUCAACCCCUCCCACAUCUGCACAAGGUCCUAAUCAAUCUAAUACUAAUCACCAAAAGUGGAGACCAUCUGUUACGACAGCUGCCGUAAUAGAAGAGGAUGAAGAGGAUGCAUAGAUACCCACGAGAAAUUAAUAUAUUUCUUGUAACGUCGUACAUAAAUCUAUUACCAAUAUUAAA